CUCAAUUCGGUGUAGUUCUUCGUACAGCAUCGUAUCGGUUCGGUUGCACGUUUUUCAAAAGUAGCGCAAAUUACUUAAAAAUACCAAAAACCGAAAAAUUGGAACAGCCGUCGCAGCAGCAGCAGCAGCCAAAUCUGAGAAUUUCUACGGGUCGGAUUUUGGGAUUCUGCGGUAUUCGACAUUCUCCUUUCGCAUUUGGUCAACGCCGCAUCUCCUCGUUCCGCAUCUGCCAGCCGCGCGAAAAACAUGAAAUUGAAAAUCAAUCUGACGUUCCUCUGUGCGACACUCGUCGGCCUCCUGUCCAUCAUCCUAUUGACACAGACCGUUUCAACUGAGGCAUUCGGAGGCGGUGCCACCUCGGGGCAAGGAAGUGCAACGGCGUCAUGCAAAGAGCUGAACAAUGUAAACUGCUAUGUGGGCCGUAACGAGGGAAACUUCUGCAACAGCAAGGAUCAGACAAAAGCGGUGACCCGCUGGUACUUUGACAAAGGCGUCUGUCGACCCUUCACCUACAAGGGAUGCAACGGAAACAGGAAUCGUUUUUGCUCGCAGGACAGCUGCGAGUCCCGCUGCGCCGAUGAUUAAUCCAUUUGUGUUUAGUCUAUAAAUUUGUAUGAGUAUAUUUAAGUUAAGUAAAGAUCAAAAA